GUGUUUGUUGAUCAGGUGUGAAUAAAGUGCAGCUUUCCAGUCAUUUAAACCCUUAUAUUGCCUGUCCACAUCAUCGCAGUAGCGUUGCAGUGUCACCCUCAAGCGCUGAGAGAAGCAAACCCACUAUAUGCUCAGCUGCUAAUCACAGGAUUAUUCUGUUUAACUAAGACUAUUAAGUGUUCCACUUUGAAAUGGCGUCUCCCACGGGCAGACCUUGGAGAGGAUGAUCCCUCCGCCGCAGGGAUCACACAGACAGCCGAAUGCUCCACGAGCGACCCAGGGGAAGGGCUGAGAAAAUGCUUUUGUACGGCAACAGGAUGUCACGGUAGUCUACGCUCGGGACACAGACGAAGAAAGAAGGAUGAACAGCAGGAAGAAGACCUCAUCUGGCUCCUUAUGCCGCACAUAAAUUCAAUCAGUUCUGGACCCAGCAGCCAGAAUCUGUCUGCAGCCCCUCACCUUCAAACGUCCUGCAGAGCAGUGAAAUAAUUUCACCGACUUAAAGUUGUGCUCUCAGCUCAGAGGAGAGAGCGUUUACCAGGUGAAGCUGAACACUGCUCUCAUUAGUCACACACACAGCCACCUGCCACUCACCAGAGACCGAUGACGCCGGAGCGCUGAAACUUUCCACAGCUAUUUCUGCGCACGUUCAGAAGAGACACUUGAGGAAUGGCUCAGGCUCCGUGACCGCUGGUAAGCUGGGAGGAACAUGCUGCUGCUCCGGGGACGAUAAGAGGAGUAAUCCUGACUGAAUUUCAGCCCUGGGAACUUUCCAGCGCUUCGAUCAUGGCCAGCAUGGCGGUCCAGCUCCUCGGCUUCUUUCUAGGACUUUUGGGCUUUGCAGGAACCAUUGUCACAACUUUGCUCCCUCACUGGCGCAGCACAGCCUACAUGGGAUCCAACAUCAUGACAGCCACUGCCUACAUGAAAGGCCUGUGGAUGGAGUGCGCCUGGCACAGCACGGGCAUUUACCAGUGUGAGCUGUAUCGAUCUCUGCUGGCGUUGCCCCCUGACCUGCAGGCUGCUCGGGCUCUCAUGGUGCUCUCCUGCAUCUCCUCCGUCUUGGCAUCUCUGGUCGCUGUAAUGGGGAUGAAGUGCACCCACUUUGCUCAACGUUCAGUGGUCAAAUCCCCCCUGGUCCUCAGCGGCGGGGUCGGUUUCCUCUGCGCUGGCCUCCUCUGCCUCGUCACCGUUUCCUGGACCACCAACGACGUGAUCAUGGAUUUUUACGAUCCCUUUCUUCUCAGCGGGAUGAAGUACGAGAUCGGCUUGGCUGUGUAUCUUGGCUACGCCUCGUCCUUCCUCAGCGUGACCGGUGGGCUGGUGCUGUGCUGGAGCAGCAGAGAAAGGUCGCAGGGUCGCCUCCGUGCGCAGACACAUCAACCUUCAGCUCCUCCACCUCCUUUCAACAACCUAAACCCCCCUGCUCCUCUCUACAGGCCCCCUGAGGCCCUGAAGGACAAUCAUGCACCCUCGCUUUGCUCCCUUUCUAGCAGUGGAUAUCGGCUUAAUAACUAUGUCUGAAAACGUGGAGAUAAUAACACAUAUCUUAAAAAACAACCCACGUCAAACCAAAAGAAGAAUAUCUAAUUUUUCUGCUGAAAGACCUCGUUUUGAAUUGAAAGCAAAACUCUGAAUUAUUGAGCUUUCAACUGGAACGCUUGUCCUGUUUGUGAUGCAUCAGAUUGGCCAGUAGGUGGCAGCAUGUUACAGAAAACAGAGGAUACAAACCGGACUGUUGGUUCCAGUUUCAGAUUCCAGUUUCUUUCUGCACUGAAUAAAAUAAACAUCAAUUAGUGAAGGUUAACCCAUUCUCCUUGUGGUAAAAAAAAAAUAAAAAGUUUCCAGAUUUUUAUUUUUUUUUAUUUUUAUUUUUCACAUUUGCAAAGCUAAAGUUUGGUGCAAGUCCUGUAGAGUUAGACAGCAAACUAAACUUUUUAGGUCGUGCAAAACGCCAUCAUUUUCACAGAUUUUAGUCCUGCUUAACACUGACAGGGUCUUUUGUUUUCUCAGAAGUAAAUGUUCAUCCAUCAAUUUAGUUUUUGAACAUUUGUUCUUUUCUUUCUUUAUCUUAAGCAAAUAUGAAAUAAAACUAUAUUAACAGUUAUAUUUCUACUAAGACUUUAAAUUUAAAGUCAUUUGAAAGAAAUGGAGACUGUAUCUCGUGACAUGAUGGCUUUCCUUUGUUCUUUAAGUCCAGUAAGUAUCACAUUUGAAUUAAAUUCAGUUUAUUUUUACAGCACAAAUUGUCAUCUAAAUGCACUUUAUAAAUCAAAAAGUCAUUUCAAAGUAAUCAUGCAGACAGAUUUGAAGUAAAGUAGAAGCAUUUCAAACUGAUUGAAUAUUGUUUGCAAAAGUUAAGUUUUCAGUCAUUACAAAAAAUAACUUAUGAGGAUGUUCUUAAAUUUUAUUACCAUUUUGUUUCCUUAAGACUUUCUAAUUUUCCUAAUAUACCUUCUGAUGUUUGCAGGAACCACUAGGUGGCAAUAAAGAUCUACAGAGAGA